CCGCGGCGGUGGCGGCUGCGGGGUCACCGGGGGUCCCGCGGGAGGGGCGGCGGCGCUGCUCUGACGCCGUGCGACGGGGGAAAGUCCGGCGCGUUGGAGUUCCGGGAGGGCCGCGUGAGGUCAUUUGCAAACGCGCUGGAAAAAAAAAACCGCCGCAAAUAAACGGAACGGGGAUCCCACGCCGGGGGGGGAGGAGAGCUCCGCGCCACGGCGACGUCACCGUGUUUACAGUGCGCGCGUGGCGCGGCGCCGCGUUGGGGAACGGGAGACGGAACGGGGAGCGGGGAACGGCCCCGCGCGGUGCGCUCCGCGUUGGGGGGGAAUUGGCUGCGGCCGUGCUGAGCUCAGUGCUUUUGAGCGCCGGGGAAAUGUGUUGAGGCGGCAUUUUCUUCGCUGCAGUCAUCGCGUUUGGCGCUUCUCGGCGCGAUCUUUCUUCGGGAACCUCUCAAAAGCGGAGAAAUCGGCGGUCUGCAGAGCCGGGCUGCGUCUGCGUCCAGCGCCACCCCGGCUCAGCUGCCCCCCCCUCCCCCCACGCUGCACCCCGUGCUGCCCGCGCCGUGCCGCCUCUGGAAGGGGACGGGGGGGUUAAACUGGUGCUGCGUUCAGGCACGGCCCCGUCCCAGAGCCGCCCCCGGGACGCAGCACUGCCCGCUUCCUGGGGUACGGACGCUGCAGCCCUCGUGUCCAACAGAAGUGGUGUUGUGCUUCGGGGCUGGGGAGCGAUCUCCUGUCCCCAUCGCAGCUCUCGGGGUCCCCGCGCUCAUCCCAGCCGUGUCCCUCCACCGCACCCCUCACGUUUCUGCUCUCAGCUGCUCUCCUCGGCCCGUCCUUUUGUGUCCGUGUCUGUGGGUUUAUGUAUUUCCCUUAGCAGAAAUGGCGGUGUGAGGUGCAGAGUGAGCACAGACCCUGAGGUCAGGGCUGUGUGAGCGCCCUGCCUGCUCUGCGCCCCGAGGAGCUCUCCCUGUGCCCAACCCGAUGCAGUGUUUGUUUUUUCAGCUCUGCUGCAAUGAAGGAAGUUUGAGUGUUUCCUGGCAGCAGGGAACCCAUUCAGCCCUUUGGGGCACACAUUUCUGCAGCCAUACCGACCCCAGCGUGCGGUCAGAGGGUUGUACAGGGCCGGUGUUUGGCCUCUCCUCAGUUAUCCUCUUCCUUCUGCCCCUUUUUCCAGCAGCCAUUUUGUUUGCUGGGGUUGGGGGGGGGGGGGGGGGGGAACAGAGGACAGAAAGAGAAAUAACGGCAUGGGAAAGCACAGAACUGAUUUCAGGAGGCAGCAGUCUGAGUGCGCUCCCCCCGCUGCAGCCGCCUCCCUUGGUGGCAAAGUGACCCUUAUGGCCGCGCUGUCAGGUUGUCACGGACAUCGCACUGCAAGGAACAUUGUCCUCUGGGUAUAAAUAGCCACCUCCUGGCAGGCUCCGGCCUCGGGAACAUCUGAAUUGUGCUCCUGUGCUCCGUGUCCUGCAGAACGCCCAUCCCGCUCACCUCCAGCAGCCAGCGCCGGGCGCAUUGCGGGAGCCUGAGCUGCAGCUGCUGGAGGAGCAGAAAUCCGUAUUUGCUGACUGUACAGCUGGGUCUUGGCUGCAACUCUGCCUCUUACGUCUAGCAAACAAAAGAGCAGCGAACAGAAUUGCUGUUGGCUGGCACGGAAGGUACAAAGGUGCUCUCAGAUUGCACCUGCACACAGAGCUCGCCUUGCUGCAGGAGGCAGCGCCCGGCUGUGUGGGUCAGACGUGGCUGCUGAGGAUUCAGUUUAUUGGGGUGCAGUGGCAUUCUGACCUGAGGUGUGAGGGGAGGAGGUGCGUAGGGACAGGAGAAGGAGCCCAGGUAUGCCUCUGUAUGAAGACAGCCCCAGGAGCUGCUGUUAUAGAUCUGGAAUGCUGUCCUCCAUAGCAGUGAUGGAGUCUGCUCCCUUCCGGUUUCAGCCUCCCUUGAUCUUUGUUUUCUUAUCUCUCAGCUCUGAAGAUAAGGAAGGGAGAAGGUGGUGCUGUCCUGGCUUUGCUGGGGCUGAUAGGGACUGCUUCAAUGGGAAGGACGCACGGCUGCAGAGCCUGACUGACGUGGCUGCCGUGUUAUGACGACCCCCAACAAAGGAAACAAGGCCUUGAAGGUGAAGCGGGAGCCAGGCGAGAAUGGGACCAGCCUGACAGACGAGGAGCUGGUGACCAUGUCUGUGCGGGAGCUGAACCAGCAUCUGCGGGGCCUGUCCAAGGAGGAGAUCAUCCAGCUGAAGCAGCGUCGGCGCACGCUGAAGAACCGAGGCUACGCGGCCAGCUGCAGGGUCAAGCGUGUAACCCAGAAGGAGGAACUGGAGAAGCAGAAGGCAGAGCUGCAGCAGGAGGUGGAGAAGCUGGCCUCUGAGAACGCCAGCAUGAAAAUGGAACUCGAUGCUCUCCGCUCCAAAUACGAGGCACUCCAGAACUUCGCCAGAACCGUGGCCCGGAGCCCUGUCACCCCGGUGCGGGGCCCUCUCACCUCCAGCAUGGGGCCCCUCGUCCCUGGCAAGGUCGCUACCACUAGUGUCAUCACAAUAGUGAAAUCCAAAACGGACGCCCGGUCUUAGUGAAGCGAGUGUUGCCUGAGCUUGUCUGUGCAGGGCAAUUAGGCACAAAACCAGCCUGGAAUCCCCAAAGCACAAACCCUCCCCACACGGGUCAGGGUUCCUUCUACUUGGCCCAGGACUGGCCUGCUGAUCGCUCUGGUUUUGUUUUGUUGUGUUCAGAUUGGUAUGAGCAGUGGUGAUGCAUCCCUUGUCCUGUGCAGACAGCACCUCCCACCCAGCGGUCUGUAGCCCCCAGCUGCCCUUGGGACAGGCUGUAAGAUCUCGGUGUUGUAGCCAAAGGAAGUCUGCGCUGCGCAGCGAGAGGCCCGGAGGGAGGCUUUCUUCCCGGAACCCCGGUUUUCAGUCGCUUCCAAAGGCUUUAUUUCAUUACUCUUCCAGGUGGUGCAUCCGGGCGCCUGACUGCCCGGCACCCGAGCCUGCUGCUUUUGUCUCAUCCGGUACCUGUAGUUGCAGCUGGGGUGUUCUGUGUAAUAGAUGUGGUAUUCAUUUCUAGGCGCGCCUCUGUGCCCGAGCAGUGAGUUUCCUUCAGGCUUCCAUUGCAGUAGAGUGUGGAUAGCAGCGGUGGACGGGAAGAUGCUGGCGUGCCCCACUGCCUCUGCCCCAGCAGAGGGGAUGGGAUGGGGUCUGUGUGGGGGCCCAGCACUGGGGGGGGGGGGGGGAGGUACCUUGCUGACUGCAGGCCGGUUUUGUGCCUAAUGCGUUGCACUGAACAAGACCAAAAUCACUAGUUGUUCCCGUGUUUUGAGGGUAUCAAGUGUCUCUAGUGUGAUGGUUUACACGACCAGUUUAUGUGGUUAAAUAGCCCUUUUAUUUAAAGAGAAACAUCGUUUUAAGAGUUAUUAAAUUAUCUAAGUUUAAAAUGAAAAUCAGACAGAAGAGAGAGCGUAUUUAUAGUCAGCUUUUUUUAUCCGAGAGGGCGAGAAUAUUUGGCCAUAGAAAUGGGGCAGUAUUCUCGGAGACUUUGCUAGUUAAAAGUUAAUAAAUAAAUAAUUUUAAAGUUUCUCACGAA